GGUGAAAGACCGAAAGCUGAAGCUGUGCUCUGAGGUCCAGUGAGGAUCAUUGACAAGCGUGCUGCCUUUCUUCUUUCGUGAACGACGAGUUGUGCAGCCGAAGGCCCCGACGUCCGCUCGACGCUAGUACAGUUGCGGGUCGCAAAUGUGAUACCUCCGUGGUGAAUCCCUCAUCUUACACACUCAUGGUCCCACCUCCAACAGCAAGCACACGACAUACGAGCCCCGCCUGUCUACCGCCACUGCCAGCGAUUAUUCUGGUAGACGCAUGGGAGCACCUAUCGUCAAAACCUGAUCCCCGGUGACCCCGUUGUCACCUUCCUAUGCCUUCCAUCCUUCACGUUAACAUGAUACCCGGCCGAAUGCCCUUGAUUCCAUUCAUCCACUUGAAGGCAUAUGAUCGGAGCCUUCCCUUCAUCCCGUUAGGAACUUACCAUUCCCUGUCUCUUUCCCUUAGCAUGUACGCGCCCGUCGCUACCGGCCUUGACGGACAAGCUCCCCUCGCGUCCACCCCGCCUCCAAAAAGAACAAGCCAGCAUUCGUGGCGCCAUCCGCACACGACAACCAUUCGCGCAUCCUUACUCGAUAGCCUGCGCCAGUCCAUGGAAUCCCCUUCCGGGGCGCGGGAAGACCGUGGGGUCGCCCAUGCUAGCCCGCUGCCGUCAUCGGUGCCCUACACCACCCGCGCCCUUAAUUCGACCCGUCCGCCCGCCGCCAACGUGGCUUUCAUGUCGACGGUCUUUAUGAGGGUGGGUGACUCGAAGAAGGGCGAUCGCGCUGCCCCUUCCUCCUCCGGUACCGCCAUCCUUGCCAGACCAUUCAUUUCACCCCUGCUCGCUGCACUGACUCGCGAUGCUGACUCCGACGAUUCAUAACACGCUCGGGAUGCUCUUUGAUUCCCUGGUCGUGUCUACGGCACUGUAUGGCGCCGGGAUGCUGCAGGGCUGGUACUACUACCGUCGCUACUCGCAGAAGGACCACUGGGCGGUUAAGUCGGUGAUCGGCCUUGUCCUACUUUUGGACACCCUGCAGCAGGGCAUGUUCGCGGCUUCUGGU